ACGCAUGAGCCACACGCCUGGCCCAAUGUACACUUUUUAAUUAAAAGUAAUUAAAAUAACUAGAAUUUAAUUUGUAGAGCAGUUCUGACCUUCAUUAAAAUAUAAUUUUUAUUGUAAAAUGUUAUUUAUGAUAUAGUAGAUUUUGUCUAGUUUACUCUCCUACUAACCUUACGGCAAUAAUUAAAAUGUGUUACUAUACUUUUGAAUUCAGUUCUUGAUAUAUUUAAGUUUUUAUUUACUUUUAAUUUUCGGAGAAAAUAUUACUGGGUAAAAACCUUAAAUAUAUUUACGUAUGUUAUAAUGCAGAAAGGGUUUAGAUAAAUGUAAUAUAUCUUUCUUAAUUUGAAGAGGGCAAGUCUUGGGGCAUAAGGCAAUAAAGUUAUAUGGUUAAAUAGUGUGGAACAGUGAUUCUCAAGCUUUUUGGUCUCAGACCCCUUUACAUUUUAGAAAUGUAAAGAUCCCAAAGAUUUUUUUUUGUAUGUAUGUGGAUUAUAUAGAUAUUUAUUGUGUUAGAAAUUAAACCUGGAAAUUUAUAAAGUGUAUACAUUAAAACUGGAAGUUUUAAUUCAUUUAAAAAUAGCAGUAGUAAGUUCAUUACAUACUCACAUAAAUAAAAUUUUAUAUAAAACAAUUUUAAUUACAAAAAGUAGAGGUGAGGGAUUAUACUUUUGUAAUUUAAUUUCUGCCUCAUAGAAGGCAGGCGGAUUAUUGGGCUCUUUAAGUGAAACAUGAAGGAAGUGAGGCUCACACAAAUUUGUCGUUGUAAAGGGAAGAGUAUUGUAAUAGAGAACUGUGGAUACUCUUUGGUGUGACUGACUCCAUCACUCAACAGGAGGCACUUCCUUAGAGGUCAGUUACGUCAUGCCAUCUGAAACCUACAUCAGAGAAAUUUUUGUCCCUUGUUACAUCAAAAUCUAUUGAUUUGUAGUGAAUUUUUUACUCAUGUUUGCUUAAUUUUGUGACACCAUUCACUGGUCAUUUGGAAUAUAUUGGUUUAUUGAGUUAUGCAGAUUCUUCCAAAUGGUGACACAUUUAAUAUUAAUAGAUUACCACAGUGCCAGCAAAAAGGUCUCUUAAGUGUCGCGGAGCUAUUGGCAACCUCAUUCAUUUUCUAGUAAAUAUCUGCCAAACCUCUAAGUCUGAACAGCCUUAGUUUGUCAGUUGUCUUUUUAAAUAAAAAUGUUGUCACCUGAACAAAGCAGCUAGUUUAGCUCACAAUUCUAAUGUAUUUCAGUACAUAGCACAAAAUGCUUUAUGUGCACUUCCAAUUUUGUCACCCAUUUAUCACACAAUGUGUUAAAAAGAUGUGUACUUGUUAGUUGAGAUAAAAUAAUUUUUACUACUUCUUUGACGUUCUUAAGUGAACUGGAUUAUUCCCUCAUUUACUGUGAGCUCAUGGUGGUAAAGAAUACAGUGACUCCAACAUGUGAGGCCACUACCUUGAUUCUUGUAAAGUCACCAGCAAUUUUCCCCAUCAUUGCUUAUGCACCAGUAGUGCACACGUCAAACAGUGAGAAAGGUAAAUGACAUUUUAGUAUUAUUAUGAGCAUAAUAUUGAUCUUGUGGACCCCAUUAGAGGGUCUUGGGGACUCUCAGGUUUCUGACCACCUUUUGAGAACCACUGGCAUAGAAAGAUCUCAGAUUUAAUAGAACCCUCAAAGUUCAUCCAGUUUAACAGCUCUAAAUUCCUCUAUGCUAUCCUUGCCAAGUAUUUAUUUAGAUUAUGCUGAAUACUUGCAGUUUCUGUGAAUAAUUGUGCUAAAUGAAUAAAAAUAAGUGUCACAGACAGCUGUUUGAUGGAAAGUAAAAGAGAUUCUUAGUUCUGGAGUUAUGCUUUGUCCUGCUUUUAAAACAUUGCGUAAGUUUCACUUGGUUUCUCUAAGUAAUCAACCUUGAUGAAAUCCAGAGACUACUAAAAUUAUGUUGUGAAGGAAAGAUAUAGCUAAGGUUUUGAUUUUCCUUUGCUGUUUGUAAGGACAAUUGUCAUUUUUCUUUGAUUUUUCUUUGUCUGCUCUAUAAUUAAAUGAACUUAUGUUAGAUGUAUGUAGUUAUCUAUAUCCAUAUCUGUCUCCUGAGUAGCUCAAGAGUCGCUUGAACAUUACUGAGUAGAUCACAAGCCUCUUGAGAGCAAGGGCUGUAUAGUAUAUUAGGAUGCAUUGGAAUCUGAUGACCAUCUCUUCUGGAAGAGGCUGGGAAAUCAACUAUAGGCCUGCUUCAGUGGUGCAUGCUGGAUUUCAUAGCUUCCCUGGGAGCCUGCAGUGAUAUUCUGAGGACUCAUUCCAUUCAUGGAUACUUACAGAGAGCUACCAUGGAGAAGUCCUGGACGCUGUGGAACUUUGUUGAAAGAUGGCUGAUAGCCUUGGCUUCAUGGUCUUGGGCCCUCUGCCGUAUUUCUCUUUUACCUUUAAUAGUGACUUUUCAUCUGUAUGGAGGCAUUAUCUUACUUUUGUUAAUAUUCAUAUCCAUCGCAGGUAUUCUGUAUAAAUUCCAGGAUGUACUGCUUUAUUUUCCAGAACAGCCAUCCUCUUCACGUCUUUAUGUUCCCAUGCCCACUGGCAUUCCACAUGAAAAUAUUUUCAUCAGAACCAAAGAUGGGAUACGUCUGAAUCUUAUUUUGAUACGAUACACUGGAGACAAUUCACCCUAUUCCCCCACUAUAAUUUAUUUUCAUGGGAAUGCAGGCAACAUAGGUCACAGGUUGCCAAAUGCAUUACUUAUGUUGGUUAACCUCAAAGUUAACCUUUUGCUGGUUGAUUAUCGAGGAUAUGGAAAAAGUGAAGGAGAAGCAAGUGAAGAAGGACUCUACUUAGAUUCUGAAGCUGUGUUAGACUAUGUGAUGACUAGACCUGACCUUGAUAAAACAAAAAUUUUUCUUUUUGGUCGUUCCUUGGGUGGAGCAGUGGCUAUUCAUUUGGCUUCUGAAAAUUCACAUAGGAUUUCAGCCAUUAUGGUGGAGAACACAUUUUUAAGCAUACCACAUAUGGCCAGCACUUUAUUUUCAUUCUUUCCAAUGCGUUACCUUCCUUUAUGGUGCUACAAAAAUAAAUUUUUGUCCUACAGAAAAAUAUCUCAGUGUAGAAUGCCUUCUCUUUUCAUCUCUGGACUCUCAGAUCAAUUAAUUCCUCCAGUAAUGAUGAAACAACUUUAUGAACUCUCCCCAUCUCGGACUAAGAGAUUAGCCAUUUUUCCAGAUGGGACUCACAAUGAUACAUGGCAGUGCCAAGGCUAUUUCACUGCACUGGAACAGUUCAUCAAAGAAGUCGUAAAGAGCCAUUCUCCUGAAGAAAUGGCAAAAACUUCAUCAAAUGUAACAAUUAUAUAAUGUUUCCCUUUUUGAUUAUUGCACUGUAUUUUGAUUUGUGCAGAAUGAUAAAGAAUGUUCCUUUUAGAAGUGUGUUACGUCUGUACUGUCUGAAGAGUGACAUUAAACUUUGAAAGGACUUCACUGCUCCUUUAUGAUAUUCCAAAUAGUUUUUUACAUUUGAAAAACUAUAAUUCUUGGGAUUAUUUCAUACAUUUUCAUCAAAACUUUCAAUGUGGUUAUGUAUUCAUAUCUUUAGUUUAAUAUGUCAGUAUAUUAGAUAUUGUUCAAAAGUUUCUUGUUGCUAAAGUGGUGUAAUCUGUUACACAGAUGAAUAGCUAGAUGUGGAAAGAGAUAUGUAAACAAGAAACCUUUGGGUAUUAUUUCUUAAGUAAAUAUUGGGACAAUCAUGGUAAGCAAACUUAGUUCUGUAACUGCAUUUUUCACCUUAAAAGUUAAAUGAAAUGCAUGAUGGUAUUUUAUUCCUUGAAUUAUGCAAUGCAGCAUUUUACAUGUAAAUAGCACUGGUCAUAUACUGAUGUAUAUGGUUAUCUGGGUUAUAUCUAUUUUUAUGUAAACUCUAUUUUGUUUUUGGCAAGAAGUGAAAUUGAGACCUGUGUGCAGGUCGCCAUUGAAUUUUGCUCUGGUGAAUGCUGAGAUCCAGCUUUUUCUUACAAAUAAAUGGGACCCUGUUUUCCAAUAUAAAUGUACCGUGUUUUUGUUAGGUACAGUCUGGAUCAUGGCAUGUAGAAAUAGAAAUUUAGAAUUUUACUGCAGCUUUGAUGUGCAUAUUUCAACUUUUUAACAUUUGUAACUUUGGUGGCAAAGAGAAUUUUAGCUUCUAUCGAUUUUGUAAGUCUUCAGCUGAACCACUCAUAGCAGUCAUAAUGAAGAUUAGCACUAGUUAGAAUUAAAUGAGGAAGUCUUUUAUCUUUACAGGAUUGUACAUACUACUUUUAAAAAAUUCUCACAUUUGAUUUUAAGUCCCAGUACCUAGUUAUAUCUAUCCUAUCAAAGGCAAGAUAUCAUUUAUUGAACUUCUUGAAAACAACAACAAUAAAAAACAAUGUUCUUGGUUUAAUGUUCCAGUUGCUGUGAAACAGAACUCCUACAAUCAAAAGACAGUUUUAGGAAGUCUUAUUUAUUUAUUUUAAAAGUUUUACAUGUAGGAGUGUGGGAAUGAAGGAAUUCUGGAGCUUUUUGACACAAAACCUAUUACCACAUUUAGCAGUUAAAUAGCUAUAGGUGGGAAGUAGGAUUUAGAUGCAUAGAAAAGUAAGAAAAUCUUAGAAAAAAGUCCCUUAAAACUUGCAGGAUAUACCUUAAUAAAAAUACACGCUCUGAGUCAUAAUUGUGCCAAGUUAUUUCAUGCAGUCCUCAAAAAUUAGAUGUAAUUGAGCUUUGUGUAAUAUUAUGUCAGCUUUAACAUAUAAUAUUUUGAAUAUUUUAGCUGUAUUUAGUGGCUUUCUGCAAGCAACUAGAACAGAGAAAUAAUGGGUCAAUAAUGUUGACCUCAAUUUAAAACUUUCAAUGGAGAUAGGGCUAGAAAUACUUUUGCCAAAUAGCAUUCUUACUCACUUUAUGCCAGUGUUUAGAAAAAAUAAAUUAUAGCAAGUAUGAUUUCUAAGAAUAAUGUUUUUCUAUAAAUUAUUAAUUGUAAAAAGUCUUGCUUUUUAAAACAAGUUGGUAAUGCAUAUCAUGGAAGGCGUAUUUUGUAUGUGUAAAUUCACCACAAUUAAAGGCUACUUUUCUUGUCAGUCCUUGCUAUGUAGAAUGACUAUUCUAAAUAUAAAUGUAUUAAAAAGAAAAUACAACAAAAUGUAUAUUUAGACACGAGCUUACAUGGCAUACCUUAUAUUUGUAUCAUUCUUUAAAGUUUACAAAAAAAACCUUAUGUUUUUAUGUAAUCAGUCAUUACACUAUGGAGAAAUUUAUCAGCUUUAGUUCUAAAUAUGCUGAUGAGGUAUAAAAGCUGUUUCUUCAUCAGUAUUUUGCUUUUAUGCUGCUUUUUCUUUUUGAUAUUCCAGGUUUAUAAACUAUCUUUUUAAAUUUUAAGCCAGGACUUCAAAAAUUGUAGAGGACUUGUUUGCCGUCCCCUACCUUCAUUCUCUUCGUAGGGUUAAGGAGCCUUCCUUUCUGCAGCUAAGGGCAGAGGCUGUGCCUGGGGCUGUACCACAUCUUUCUUCACUAGCAUCUGUAUUUGAGACUGUUUCCUUAGAUGAGUAAGAGGUGGAAAACAAACUUAGUAUCAGGGUCCAUGAAGCCCAUGGCAUCAUUUUUGAAAAUAUUUCUAGUUUUGUAGCCAAAGCAAUUGGUCCUGGUAAAAUGAGACUUCUUCAGGAGUCACUCCUUCACUUUGGACCCAUAGCUUAGUGAAUGGAAGUAUAUGUACCUAUCUUGUGUAUUAACUUCUGACUUCUUUAUGCAAGAGCAGCUAUAGGAGUUUACAAAAGAACUCUAAGUUAUUAAGUUACUAUAAAUUUGGGGAUCCUAGAGUGAUCUUAAAUAUGGCAAGAUACAGCUCAUUUAGAAUAAAAUCUCACAUCCAUUAUUUUAAAGGGAAUGAUUGGGGGGAAAAAACUGGUGAAAAAAAUAUUAAAAAGGACCCUAAAAAGAAUUCUGCAAAAUAAGAGAAAAAAUAAUUUGUGACACGUAAUAGAAUACUAGUAGGAUAGAAACAACUAGAAAGAAAAGUGUGACACAAUUUUUACAUUUAGAUAGGGAAAAUAAUGAGAUUGGUGAAAGGAAAUAGUGCAAAACAUUUGGACGCAAAGCAUUUCUAACAAAAAGUGGCUGUGGCACUUGACAUUGCAACUACCCUGUUACUGCAAUGUUUUUGACUGUUAAAAUUGAUAUUUUCAUAAAAAUGGUGUUCUGAAUUUUGCUACAGGGCUGCUGAAAUUUAUGAUUACUUGUAGACACUUGAUAAUUACAUAGAUUCCAGUUUUGGUAAUAUGUCACUGGAGUAAUUAUGCUAUAAUAUCUGUUGAGAAUUCAUACCAUCUGAUGCUUACAUAUUUCUUACAUUUGUAAGAUUCGGCUUGGUGGGAAUAGGUUUGGGGGAAUUAAAGAGUGAAGGCCGUAUUUCAUUUUUUGUAAAUUAUCUUUCAAGCUCAGAUAGCUUAAGAGCAGUUUAGAUUUAGGAGACCCUUUUCUCCUUGAGGAUAGGGAUAGGUAAGGUAAACUGUAAAAAGAAUGUCACAGAAGUCACUUUUUAAGUCACGAUUGAGAUACUGAAAUCUUCCACUGAUUCUUCUCCUUUCCCUUUUUCCUAUUAUGUUUGAUAAUUAUAUAUAUUUUUAAAAACUGUGAGAGGAAAAAUUAGUCAUAAGUAACCCUUUUGGAUUAUCCACUUAAAUUUAUGUAUUUUCAUAUUACUCAGGUAAAGAUGGAAAUGACAGAGCACAGACAUUUAUUUUUUAAAUUGAUAGGGUAGAAAAUGAAAUGUACUUCUGUUUAUUCUUAAUACUAUAUAUAUACACACAUCGUUUUAGCAAAUUGGAAAUAAUAUAUUCAUUUGUAUGGCAAGACAAAUGCAGUCAUCUUAAUACUAGUCUACACAUUUUUGCCAAAUGGCGCAAAUAUACCUCCAUUUAUAUUUUGUAUCUUAAAAUGUAGUUUAAACACAGGACUAUGUAUGAGACACUUUUUUACAAAAAGUGCCGUAUAUACAUAUGUAACAGGUGAGUGUGUGUUUACCAUAAUUUAUAAUGAUUUCUGUCAGUACAGCGUAUAUGGAAAAUUCAAGUUGUUUUUAACAUAUUCAAGUAUGUUCAGUAUAAAAUAAGUUAAUCCCAUUUCAUAAUGUAAAUCAUUUUUGUUAUUUGCCAUAUUUUAUUUGAAGUAAUAAAAUUUUAUAACUCAAAUUUGAAUGUCAUAGUACAUUGUGUGCUAACCAUGGCAAGCAAACAUUUACAUUUGUUUUUUACAAUAAAUCUCUUUAAAAAUAUACUUUAUUUUUCUGUACUGACAUAUGCAAUAAAUUGGUACAUUAAACAUUUGAUUAAUGUCUUCA